AUGUACACUUUGGGAUUCACACGAUCAGAUGCUUUAGACAGAUCAGAUAAUAUCAAUAUAGAUUUUUUUGUCAUCAAUGUUCUUGGUGUUUCCAACAGUGCAGUUCCGUGGACAAAUGUUUUCGGAAACCUGAUUGACCGCCUGGCUCCGCCCACAGAUCCUGCCAAGGCGUGGCUGUCGCAGAGGGCGGCUCACUGGGCCAACAUGUACCUUCCGGGGACGGCGCCCGAAAACUCGACGUGCCAGAGGGCCCUGCAGGCGAUGGCGGCGUCGCUGGCUGACAACUCCACGCUCUGGGCCGCCAAGAUUGUGGAUUCGUGGGCGAAGGUCCCGGACGGCCUCUACUCGGGCAACUGGGCGCUGGAGGGCGUCUACGACGAGUGCGUGGGCGCCUCCUCGCCCGACGGCGACGUCUGGGGCAAGUUCUGCCGCGUCUUUGUCUCCAAGAACCGCAGCCAGGAGAGCGGGCGGCACGAAGGAGGCUGCGGCGCCGGCGCCCUCGACGCCUGCGCGCGCCAGCAGGCGCGUCUGCCGCCCCUGUUCCCCACCAGCCUCAACCUCGCGCCCUUCAAGACCUACAGCACCUGCAUGCCCGACGCCUGCGCCGAGCACGACCUGCAGGAGAGUGUGUCGGCGGCCCUUUCGGACUCGAGCCUGGCGGUGCGACGCGUCCAGUGCCACACACUGCACGAGGCCCCCGAGUUCACCGCCGGGGACAUCGCCUUCAUGUUCUAACAUUUCUGAGGACCAAUUCGUUGCUGAUGUUGAGGACACAGUAAUCCAUUCACGGGUUAAACGAGAGUCUGAGCAUUUGGCUACAUCGUGCCUCGUGGCGGCCAGGAUGCGGCUCAACCACGAAAUACGCCUGUUGUUGGUACUGGAUGUUUGUGCUAAGGGCAGCUUGUUCUAAAUAUACAACACGCUGUCCGGUACUAGGUCGCCGCGCUGGGUCGCCACGAGGUCAGCAGCAGACCCGACCUAAGGGCGACCCAACUGAACCCGCUUACUACUUCCUUCACCACCCUAAGGGUCAGAACAAACGCCCUAGCUCGCCCCGACCGUUCCGACAACCCGUGGAAGCUG